CGCCCAGCCACAGGCGGAGCCAGCGCUUCGCCGCGGCUUUCAGACUCGGACCAUGGCCUCAUGCCGGUGGUCCUGGCGCCGCUGCUGCUCCUGGAGGCCGGCGGCCGGGAGUCCCGGCCCCGGCUCCCCGGGCCGCGCCAGGCCGCCCGGGCCACCCUCAGCUGCAGACGCCAGCGCUCAGAUGCCCUAUUUUAAUCUUGUGAAGAGUUUAACAUCUGCUUUUCCGAAUAGGUAUAGUAUGUCACGGUUCCAUCACUUGUCGUCCGCCGCGUGUUGUCAUAGCAGAACACAGAGUGGGGAGCAGUACAGCGAUCCUUUCAAACUCGGCUGGAGAGACUUGAACGGUCUGUACGAGGACAUUAGAAAGGAACUACUCAUAUCUACAACAGAACUUAAGGAAAUGUCUGAAUACUACUUUGAUGGAAAAGGAAAAGCCUUUCGACCAAUUAUCGUGGUGCUAAUGGCCCGGGUGUGUAAUAUUCAUCAUAAUAAUUCCCGAGAUGUGCAAGCAAGCCAGCGCUCCAUAGCCUUAAUUGCAGAAAUGAUCCACACCGCUAGUCUGGUACACGACAAUGUCAUCGACGAUGCAAGUUCCCGGCGAGGAAAACACACGGUUAAUAAGAUCUGGGGUGAAAAGAAGGUCUCUGUCCUAGGAUGCCCGGACCCAGCGGUGCAUGAGAUUGCCUAUCAAUACGGAAAAAAUGUGGGCAUCGCUUUUCAGCUCAUAGAUGAUGUGCUGGACUUCACAGAAACUUCGUGUUCUGACCAAAUGGGCAAACCAACGUCAGCGGACCUGAAGCUCGGGUUAGCCACUGGCCCGGUCUUGUUUGCUUGCCAACAGUUCCCAGAAAUGAAUGCUAUGAUAAUGAGACGGUUCAGUUUGCCAGGAGAUGUGGACAGAGCUCGACAAUAUGUAUUACAGAGUGACGGUGUGCAGCAAACCACCUACCUCGCGCAGCGGUACUGCCACGAAGCAAUACGAGAGAUCAGUAAACUUCGACCAUCCCCGGAAAGAGAUGCCCUCAUACAGCUUUCAGAAAUUGUCCUCAUGAGAGAGAAAUGACAACUCUUUCUGUUGCUUCUUGGCAGCUAUUCCACCAGACCGUGCCUAAAGAAUUGUGUGAAAUAUUCUUUGCUUCAUGUUCAGGUAACCAAAAAUCAUUUCAAAAAAUCAUUUCAACAUUAUUGAUGGGCAAUUUUUUUUUAUUGGCAAAGUUUUUCAGAAAACUUUUUAAAUGUAAUUAAACCAUCCGAAUCUGUCACUCUAGGUCUGUAAAUUCUAAUCGAGGUAUCUUGAUGGUUAUAUGUGGUAUUGUUUACACUGUUAAGAUCCACAUGUAAAGCCAUUACACAAGUAAAUAAUCAAUGUUAAAAUUCAAAAAAAAAAUAGUCU